AUGUGGGAGGGGAGCUCUGAGCACAUUGACCAGACUGGGCCCUGCGGGACACUGAGGCAGCGGGACGCCCAUCAGCUCCUGGUCUGUGCAUCACCCUGGGGCUUGGACGUCUGGAUGCCUGGAUUUUCAGUUUCCAAGCCUGACAUCAUCUCCUGUCUGGAACGAAGGGAGGAGCCGUGGGUCCUCGAUCGCCAGGGACAUGAGGAAAGUGAGAUUGCGAUUGAUGCUCACAAAGGAUUUCCAAUUUCCAAACCAGAUGUGAUCUCCCAGCUGGAACGAGAGGAGGAGCCGUGGGUCCCUGAUCUCCAGGGCUGUGAGGAAAGGAGGAUCCCAGGAGACAUCCACAUGGGUGGUGGGACGGUGAGUGAGACCGAGGAGGAGAAUCCUCAGCAGGAAGGCCCUGAGCCAGUGGAACCACACGGGACAGUAUGGGGAGCAUCUGAAGGGGACGUCUCCCCGAGCCCUGAGGAGGGAGAAAACCGUGAGAGGCGGCGUGGGCCAGAGAGACAGCAGGGAAUCCAGUUAGCAGAGAGUUGGGGUAAAUCCACUCACAGGAGCAAAGGGGUUAGGAAAAUCAAAGAAACCGUUCAGCCGCGGAUCCCCGCUGGAGACAGACCCUACAAGUGCAGUACCUGUGGGAAAAGCUUCCACUGGAGAUCAGUCCUUAUUACUCACCAGAGAAUCCACGCUGGGGAGAAGCCCUAUAAAUGCAAUGACUGCAGGAAAAGCUUCAGGGACAGCUCAGCCCUCACUAAACACCAGAGAACCCACACGGGGGAGAGACCCUACAAAUGCAGUGACUGUGGGAUAAGCUUCAGUCACCACUCGGCCCUCGUUACUCACCAGAGAAUGCACACAGGAGAGAGACCCUACAAAUGCAGUGACUGUGGGAAAAGCUUCCGCUGGCAAUCAUCCCAUAUCACUCACCAGAGAAUCCACUCGGGAGAAAAACCUUACAGUUGCCCUGACUGUGAGAAAAGCUUCAGACAGCAUUCAAACCUUCUUAAACAUUACAGAAUCCACACGGGAGAGAAGCCCUGUAAAUGCCCCGACUGUGGGAAAAGCUUCACUCAGAGCUCCCGCCUUACUGAACAUCAGAGAAUGCACACAGGAGAGAGACCCCUUAGUUGUCCCGACUGUGGGAAAUGCUUCUUCGUCAGCUCAACCCUCAUUCACCAUCAGAGAAUCCACACUGGAGAGCGACCCUAUAAGUGUUCCGAGUGUGGGAAAAGCUUUGUUCGGCAAUCCCAACUGGUUAUACACCAGAGAAUCCACACAGGAGAGAAGCCCUAUAAAUGCAAUGAGUGCAGGAAAAACUUCAGUGACAGAUCAGACCUCACUAAGCACCAGAGAAAACACACUGGAGAGAAGCCCUACAAGUGCCCCGAUUGCAGGAAAAGCUACUGUUUCCGAUCAGACCUCACUAAACAUCAGAGAAUCCACACAGGAGAGAAGCCCUUCAAUUGCCCCAAAUGUGGGAAAAGCUUCGGUCGGAGAUCUAACCUUAUUAUACACGAGAGAAUCCACACAGGGGAGAGACCUUAUAUAUGCCCUGAAUGUGGAAAAAGCUUCAGUGAUAGAUCAGACCUCACUAAGCAUCAGAAAAAACACACGGAAGAAAAGCCCUACAAAUGCCUUGAGUGCGAGAAAAGCUUUGAUCGGCACUCAAAUCUUAUUAUGCACCAGAGAAUCCACACAGGAGAGAACCCCUACAAUUGCCUGGACUGUGGGAAAAGCUUCAGUCGCAGCUCAACCCGCACCAGAGGAUCCACACGGGCGAGAAGCCCUACAAAUGCCCUGGGUGUGGGAGAAGCUUCAGGGACAACUCAGCCUUUAUUAGGCAUCAGAGAAUCCACACGGAAGAGAAACGCUAGAAAUGUCCGUGUCUCCGGAUGGACCAAGUGA